AGAGAUGGAGUUAAAAUGUGUGAAGGUGUGGUUGAUUUUGAUGUUGAUGUUUAUUACAUCAAAAAGAUGGAGGGUUGAGAGUUGUUUGAAGCAAGAGAAAUCUGCUCUCUUGCAACUAAAACAUUUCUUCAAUGAUCCUUACUCAAUUCAAGAAUGGGUUGAGAGAGAUGAGGAUUCAUCAAAUUGUUGUCAGUGGGAAAUGAUUGAAUGCAGCAAUACAACAGGCAGAGUGAUAGGUCUUGAUCUAUACUAUGCAAGAAAUCAAGAAUUAGGGGAGUGGAACCUAAAUGUUUCUUUGUUUUCUCCCUUCCAAGAACUGGAAACACUUGAUUUAAGUGAUAAUCUUAUAGCUGGUUGUGUUGAGAAUGAAGGUUUUGAAAGAUUAUCACACUUAAGUAAUCUCAAGGGUCUCUACCUCGAUUACAAUAUGUUUAAUGACAGCCGUAUUUUAUCAGCUUUGAGCAAGCAUUCAUCUCUCAAGAAUUUAAGUUUAGCUUAUAAUCAUUUAAGAGAACUAAACCAUUUUAAUGUUGCAAAGUUGAACAACUUGGAGUAUCUCGAUUUAAGUGGUAACACUUUCAACCAUAAUAUACUAUCAUAUGUGUCUACUCUCUCUUCAUUAAAAGAAUUAGAUAUGUAUGACAUUGGAUUAAAAGGAACAUUUGAUCUUCAAGAACUAGUCUCUUUGAGCAAUUUAGAGGUAUUAUACAUGGGAGGAAAUCAGAUUAACAAAAUCGUUUUCUCAAAAGGUGAUGCAGGUUUGAGGAAGUUAUAUUCACUUUCUCUAUAUAAUGUGUCAAUUAGUGAUGGGAAUAGUCUCUUUCAGACAUUGGGUUUAUUGUCAUCCUUACAAUCUUUUGAUCUAUGGUAUUGUAAUAUUAGUGGAAGACUUUCUGGUUAUGAGUGGUCUUUAUUCAAAAGUUUGAUAGAGUUAAGCAUUUUUGGCUCUAUUUUUGAUAACUACCUUUUUCAAAUGUUUGGAAUUAUGAGUUCUCUUCAACCUCAAUGA